CCACGUGCGUACUUCAAAAUGGCGGCCGUGCAAGACCAAAACAGCGCUCUUCCAGACUUGAAGAAUUUAACCUCUUGCAACUUCGGUAAAUUGUCACAACAACAAAACAAGAUACUACAAGAUCUUGUCAGCCCGCACAUAAGGUCGUUCAACUUCAUGCUGGAAGAAGGGCUUUCUCUUGCAGUCCAGGCCAUACAUCCACAAGAGUUCUUGCUUGCAGAUGGACAGAAAGCCACGAUAUACUUCACUGAUGCUUCAAUUGGAGUCCCUACAGUGUCAGAAAACAACUUACAUGCCUCACAGAUGAAGUUGUUCCCUUCUGAGUGUAGAGAGCGUGGGGUUACAUACAAAGCAAAACUCCAGGUUACUCUGCAAUGGAAAAUUAACAACCAGCUGCAAGGAAGUGUUUCAAAGGUCAUUGCUAGUAUACCAAUGAUGGUCAAGUCUAACCACUGCUCCCUGGCAAAGCUUUCACCUCAAGAACUGGUUCAGAAGCAUGAGGAGGCAGAGGAAGCUGGAGGUUAUUUCAUAGUCAAUGGAAUUGAAAAAAUUAUAAGAAUGCUCAUCCUUCCUAGAAGAAACUUUCCGGUAGCUGUUCAAAGACCAUCAUGGAAGACAAGGGGCACCAUGUACACAGAAUAUGGCAUUCAGAUGAGAUCAGUCAGGAAGGACCAAACAGCUAUGAAUAUGAUUCUCCACUAUCUGUCUGAUGGAAGUAUUGUGAUAGCUAUUUCCUAUGAAAAAGAAUUGUUUUAUGUUCCACUGGUUUUCAUUCUCAAAGCCUUAGUUAAAAUAACAGAUCAACAAAUCUACCGUCAUCUGGUGGCAGGAGAAGAAGAGAACAGCUUCCUUAAAGACUGUGUAGCCACAAUGCUCAGAUCUGCCCAAUUACAGGGAGCUACUACUCAACAGGCUGUGCUCAAAUUUAUUGGUGAAAGAUUCAGAGUCAAGAUGAGGUUACCAGACUGGUACUCUGAUGAAGCUGUAGCUCAAUUUGUUCUCCAAAACUGUGUUUGUGUUCACCUGAAUGCAGAUGUAGAUAAGUUUAAUUUAAUGAUUUUCAUGGCAAGGAAGCUGUAUGCAUUUGCUCUAGAAAAGUGUGCAACAGAAAGUGCAGAUAAUCCAAUGAUGCAAGAAGUACUUCUUGGUGGACAUUUGUAUCUUAUGACCUUAAAGGAAAAGCUGGAGGUCUGGCUGUAUAGUGUGCGGGCCAAUAUUGAAAAGGAUAUGACAAAGAAACAAAGUUAUAGUUUAAAUACAGCUAGUUUACUACAGGCAAUGUCACGUAGCACUAACAUCUCACACCAAAUGGAAUAUCUCCUUGCUACUGGUAAUCUAGUGUCAAGAUCAGGCCUUGGUCUUAUGCAGACCACAGGAUUUUCCGUGGUGGCUGACCGACUCAAUUUCUACAGGUUUCUGUCCCACUUCCGGUGUGUUCACAGAGGAACUUUUUUUUCUCAGAUGAGAACAACAUCUGUGAGGAAGUUAUUACCAGAAGCUUGGGGGUUUCUAUGCCCAGUACACACUCCUGAUGGGGCACCAUGUGGUCUUUUGAACCAUUUGUCGGCAUCAUGUCAGGUUGUGAAUGAUGUGCUACAGACUUCCCACCUUCUCAGGCUGUUAUGUUCAUUAGGCAUGAGUCUGAUUGAUGCCCCUGCACCUGCUGAUGUGAAGUCUUGUUAUGUGGUUAUCCUAGAUGGCAGAGUGAUUGGUAGAGUUGAUAUGGACCUUGCACCAUCACUUGCCAACAGACUGCGCAUGUUAAAAGUACUUGGACUGGAGGAGAUUCCUCAGAUGCUGGAGAUAUGUCUUGUGCCCAUUACAAAAGUAGCGAGCCAAUACCCAGGCUUAUAUAUUUUCUCCACCCCAGCUCGAAUGAUGAGGCCUGUAUUUAACCUGGCUGCAAACAAAGUGGAAAUGAUUGGAACUUUUGAGCAGGUAUAUAUGGAUAUUGCAGUUGUUAAAGAAGAAGCAUAUGAGGCGAAAACCACACAUCUCGAACUGAAACCAGCCAGUAUGUUAAGUGCUGUUGCAAGUUUAACACCAUUUUCAGAUCACAACCAAAGUCCCCGUAACAUGUACCAAUGUCAGAUGGGGAAGCAAACAAUGGGAACACCAGCACAAGCAUUGAAAUAUCGCAGUGAUAACAAACUAUACAGAAUACAGACUCCACAGAGUCCUUUGGUACGACCAGUUGCUCAUGAUGAGUUAUCUGUUGACAACUAUGCACUAGGAACAAAUGCUGUGGUAGCUGUUAUCUCCUACACGGGUUAUGACAUGGAGGAUGCCAUGAUACUCAAUAAAUCAUCUUAUGAGCGUGGAUUUGCCCAUGGCUCUGUUAUCAAAUGUGAGAUCAUCGAUCUUAAGAAAGUUCCAGGAAAUGAGUUCCAAGUUUCAAGCGUCAGAUUUGGCUGCCUUCCUGAUGAUGAACGAGUUCAAGGAUUUCUCGACAGUGAUGGUCUUCCACCAAUUGGAGCAAAGCUGGAGACAGGAGACCCAUAUUAUUGUUUCAUUGACGACAACAUUGGACAAGCAGUCAUCCAGAAAUACAACAGCUUAGAAAGCGCGAUUGUUGAAGAUGUAAAAGUUCUUGGAAAUGAUGAAGGGACAGGUUUGCUCCAAAAAGCUUCAAUUAAAUUGAGAAUACAGAGAAAUCCAAUCAUUGGAGACAAGUUCUCAAGUCGUCAUGGACAGAAAGGGAUCUGUAGCCAAAAGUGGCCUGUUGAGAACAUGCCUUUCACAGAGUCUGGAAUGACGCCAGAUAUUAUAUUCAAUCCUCACGGCUUCCCUUCACGUAUGACAAUUGGUAUGAUGAUUGAGAGUAUGGCGGGAAAAUCAGCCAGCCUCGAUGGAUUGGCCUACGAUGCUACACCAUUCACUUUCUCAGAAGAUAAUCCCGCCAUCACAUACUUCGGAAGUCUCUUAAAAAAAUCUGGUUACAAUUACUAUGGUACGGAGCGGAUGUACAGUGGCGUCGAUGGUAGAGAAUUUGAAGCAGAUAUCUUUUUUGGAGUUGUUUACUAUCAGCGUCUCAGGCACAUGGUAGCUGACAAGUAUCAGGUCCGGACAACAGGUCCUAUUGACAUACUCACGCACCAGCCUAUUCAGGGUCGCAAAAGACAGGGAGGUAUUCGGUUUGGAGAAAUGGAAAGAGACGCAUUGCUUGCACACGGUGCUUCCUACCUAUUACAAGAUCGCCUCAUGAACUGCUCAGACAGGACAGUGGGUCAUGUAUGUACAAAAUGUGGUAGCAUACUCUCUCCUCUCCUGGAAAAACCCGCGGAUGAGCUGGCAGCUGCGGCUGCGCACAGGAAGAGGAAGUGGAUUUGUAAAGUUUGUGAGAGCAGCGAGCAUAUUCAGUUGUUAGCCUUUCCUUAUGUCUUCCGAUAUCUUGUUGCUGAGUUAGCGGGAAUGAACAUCAAGACGUGUUUACAAGUAAAGAAAGUUGGAACGUAAAAGCUUGCAGUGAAAACAGAUAGCGACAUUUACAAGACCCACACCGUAGACCGUUGGGGUUGUUGGCUACCACUUAAAUAGAAUCUAUUACCGAGCCUGUGGGUCUCAACUUGGCGUUUGCAAGUGGGAAUUUUCACAUCUUUCACAGUGCUUGCCUAAUGAUUGACUAGAGAAGAAGAGGAGAGAAUUGUAAGGACUACCAAACGGCAGAUUAACAACGUUUGCCAGAUUGCUCGAAAAUAUUCAGCAGAAGAUAGAAAGUAUCUCCCAUUUAAAGAAAGGCGAAGAUUUUUCACACAAUGAAACGCACACAACAAAAUCUAUUCGUUUCCCGUUCGAGUACGACUUAGCUAGGUUCUUAAUCCCCUGGGUGAACGAGAUGGGUAGCCGUUUGACAGCAGUGUACACCUGUAGCAAACACUUUGCUAUGGUCUUUGCGUGGAGUAACAUUGACUACAAUUUUCCUCAAAGGAAAUGAAGAUAUAUUGGGAUUGCAAGGCACACAUAAUGAAGUAAGGACCUGAGUACAGUGCUAUGAAGACUUCGGCACCGGAAGUAAAAUCUUAGAGGGACUUGAGCUGUGAAGGAAACAUUUAUCAAUGUACAACAAUCAGGGCUCAUUUCUUAUCUUGUUCCAACAAAAAUUAUCAAUUCCAACAAUACAGUAUAAAAAGGAUCUUUAUUACUCUACAUAUAAUAAGGAAAAGCACAAUGAACAUUCACGUUUGUGUUCUUUUUACAGUCAGUAAUGUAACAAUUUGUUAAAGGGGCUAUGUUUAAGGACUAAGAGCACAAAACCCACAUUAAUCUUUCUCAGAAUUUAUCAUGUGUUAUUUAAAUGGUCGUGGGUGCCUUAAUACAUUAUUAAGAAAUAGAAACAUGCAGCAGUUUUAUCUUUAUGUCAGUAUAUUGUUAAACAGAUUGCAUAGCUGUAACUCAAACAUUUUUCUACCAAGAAACAAUGAUGAACAAUGCUGUGAUUAUGCAAGUUUCUCUAGAGAUGGAGAUGAAAACUUUUAGUUCUUGGUCAAUUUGGAGACAAACCAAGAUCUGUCGACAAAAAUACUUCUAUCAGUGAGGCAUCCUUUUGAUAUCCAAAUAAUGCAAAGAGAAAAAUUCCAACCGUAACUAACCCAUUCAGAUAAAUAAUUGGACACCAGACUUCUGGAGUGUAAAAUAACUUUGUAGUAUAUGUAAAAUUGACUACAACAAAUAUUUUCAAGUGCACAAACUAAGAAUAGUUUUAGAACAAGUGUUCCCAAAAUAACCAGGCUAUGGAGCCUAGAGAUGUGGUUGAGAAUAAAAAUGAUGCACAAAGAAAAUUCCUGUUUUGACUAGUUCUUUGAAUUGUUAGAUUUCAAGGACAAGUGAACUACUUUGUGUCACCACAGUAUCAUUUCAUUGUCAAUCUGAAGAAAAGAAGCUGCAAUUUUAUUGCAAAAACAAAAUUAAAAAUUAAAAAAAAAACGAGAAGUCAAAAUGCAGAAUUCAAAAAGUUAAAGGCACAAAUUUUCAGGUCCAAAGAGGUAACGGUUAUGAAGUAGAGUAUAUAUAAUGA